UCAUUCGACUUCCCUCUCUCCCACUGCAUCAGAGGGAGUCUAUUGUUCAAACGACAGUGGAUAUCGCGGUUGGGAUUCUGAUGGCGCGAAAUACUUGUCUUCCGAACGUCGCGAUUACAAUGAAGCAAGAUAAUGCGAAGAAUUUCGAUCUACUCGUAUUGUAAGAUUGCGAAAAAAUACGCUUUCAUAAAUUCACUGAGGGAAUACUAUUUAAUUAACGAACGUCUAAUCAAGUAAAUAAGCCGAAUUUGUGAGCGCAUUCGUCAAGAUGUACGGGAUGCUGCUGGAAAGUGUGCAAUAUUUCGUGCAGUUAGAAUUUGGCGAAGAAGUAUGGCUUCGGAUUCUGGAGAAAGCUGAUUGCAAACACAUGGUUUUUAAUACAAGACAAAUAUAUCCAGAUGAGCUAAUGACUAAUUUAGCUACGGCUCUUGCCGCAUGUACUAAUGAUUCCAUGGAUAAUGUUAUGCAAUUUUUUGGAAAGUGCUUCGUUAGAUUUUUCAGUAAUUUAGGGUACGACUGCACUGUGAAAGCAACUGGUCGUUAUUUUUGUGAUUUUUUACAAAGCGUAGACAACAUUCACAUGCAAAUGAGAUUCACGUAUCCAAAAAUGAAGAGUCCUUCCAUGUAUACAACGCAUGUAGAUUCACAAGGUGUUGUUUUAGUUUACAGAAGUACUCGACAAGGUUUCACGCAUUAUUUUAUGGGACAAUUAUUUCAAAUAGCAAAAGAAUUAUAUAAUACAGAACUGGAUAUUAAAGUAUUGGAAACUUCAAAUAAUAUUCCAGGAUCUCGAAAUGUGAUGGUUAAAUUUCGUAUUAAUUUCGAUAACCGUGAAUACAUUGCGAAGACCAAUAGAAUGAAAGCACCACUAGAUCUUGAAUUGCCACCUGUAUCUUGCACAUUUUUCUUACGUCUUUUUCCGUUUGGUGUCAUAAUGAACAAGGACAUGCGAAUACUAGGAGUUGGUGAUAAAUUACUUGAAGCAUGGGGUGGCACCACGUCCAUUUUGAACAAGCAUGUUAUUGAAAUAUUCAAAUUAAGAAGACCGAAAGGAAUUUCGUUUACAUGGGGAAACGUAAUAUAUUUGCAUUCAGUGAUAUUCGAAUUGGAACUCAUCAGGGCAAGCGAUCAUGAUUCUUCGAUAAAUUCAGAUGAAAUGCCAAGCACAAGCAGUAGUUUAGAUAGGCGUGGGAGUCAAGGUGCACGAAGUAUUUUGUUAAAAGGUCAAAUGAGGCAUAUUGAAGAUAUUAAAGCUAUUAUAUUUCUCUGUAGUCCUUUAAUCAACAGUUUAGACGAACUUCUCAAUAUGGGUCUGUAUCUGAAUGAUCUAAAUCCUCACGGUUUGAGCAAAGAACUGGUGUUGGCAGGAUGGCAACAUUGCGGAAGAUUGGAAAUGAUGUUCGAGAGGGCAGAGCAAAGAUCGAUUGAACUAGAAAAUAGCUAUGCAUUACUGGAUCGCUGGAAGAACAAGAGCGACGAGCUUUUAUAUUCUAUGAUUCCGCAAACGGUGGCAGAUCGAUUGCGAGCCGGGGCCAGUCCGUUGAGCACUUGCGAGUCAUUUGAAUCAAUAACGGUUCUUUUCUGUGAAUUAUGUGACUUUGAUUAUUCGACCAUCGAGGGAGCGAUGGACAUCGUCUUAUCAAUGAACGCCGUUUUUUCUUGUUUCGAUACGCUAAUGGAUCAGUUUAACGUGUAUAAAGUGGAGACCGUUGGUCGCGUGUACAUGGCAGCUAGCGGAGCACCGGACAGAAAUGAAAACCAUGCACAGAACGUCGCCGACGUUUCUCUACAACUCAUCGAGCAUGUCCGAUCUCUCAAAUUACCCUCCGGACUGGAUAUACGAAUCCGCAUAGGGAUUCAUUCUGGGCCAGCGGUUGCCGGUGUGGUCGGUCUCAAAGUACCGAGAUACUGUUUCUUCGGAGAUACUGUUAAUACGGCCUCCAGAAUGCAAACCACUAGUCUGCCAGGAAAGGUGCACAUUUCUUCUAGCACCAAAGCUCUGUUACCAAAAGGUCAUUAUCAUACCGAAUCACGUGGAGUUGUCUGGGUAAAGGGAAAGGGAGAAAUGGAGACGUACUGGUUGCAAUCAGCGGCAAAUAACAAAAUGAAAGAAGAAAUUAAUUCAGACGAUGAAAACGCAGUAAUUAAAAGUCUUUUAGCCACUCGUAUAUAAAUCCUUAAUAUUAAAAUAAAUAAAUAAAACCCAUAUAGUAUAAUUGUUAUAAAAAUGUAUGUUUCAUUUGGUAAAAAAGAACUAAGUUGUUGACUAUCUAUUCCUUAAUAUAUACAGGCCUUGAUCGUGUACAAUAAACAAAAUUAUUCAAGUUUUAUAAAAGAUAAUUGUCAUUAAA